CAAUUGUGCGUGAAUAUGCCGGAAAUGUAGAACCGCCAGACAGCAGCAAUUCCAGCAAGUGCUCCCGCACCAAGUUCCAUACUUCGAUUGAAGCAAAGCUUCAAAAUCUCGAUUUCGCAUCAUGCGCACAUUAGCAGCACGCAUCUGCAGCACCUAUUUAUACAGGAGAAACCCAGUGAAAGUGCAAUCUCGAAAAUUUUCUUCAUCAUUCCAUACAAGAGAUCAAAGAUCAUUAGAGGAGGAAGCAGAAAGAAAAAUCGGAUGGAUGCUGAAACUACUUUUUGCUGGAACUGCGACAAUAGUGGCUUACCAGUUCUUUCCAUACUUGGGAGAUAAUUUGAUGCAGCAAUCUGUAUCACUUCUACAUGUGAAGGAUCCCUUGUUUAAGAGAAUGGGAGCAUCCAGAUUAGCUCGUUUUGCUAUAGAUGAUGAAAGGAGGAUGAAAAUAGUUGAGAUGGGUGGUGGUCAAGAGUUACUAAACAUGCUAGGGGCUGCAAAAGAUGAUCGUACUCGCAAGGAAGCUUUGAAGGCUCUAGUUGCCAUUGCACAGUCAGAUGAAGCUGCUGGUGCUUUAUAUCAAGCUGGAGCAAUCUCUGUCAUCAGGUCAACCCCAGAUUCAGUUGAGGACACUGAAAUUGAGACAUACAAGUUGAACUUGCUGAGAAGAUUUCGAGAUUUUGAGAUAUGAUGUUCCCUUUUGUGAUGUGAUAACUAGGAUUUUGGUUUUCAACUUGAAAAAUUUGUUUACAGGGUGGAUUUCUAGUACAAUUUAUAGAUAAAAUUUCGUUUCUCAAACAAAACAAUUUUUGCAAUGUUCUUGUCACGAGGGGAAAAAGGUGAGUCAAUAAAUCCUUGUGUAAUUUACUUCA